AUGAGCAGUGGUAUGGCUGUGGUGCUUUCUUUUAACUAAUGCUGGGUACUAUUCGACACCAACAAUGGCAUAUUUGGACGCGGAAUAUAAGAAAAUAAAUAAUUUUAUAUAUAUAUAUAUAUAUAUAUAUAUAUAUAUAUAUAAAUAUAACCAGAAUAUUGCUGAUAUCUUUCAUAUGAAAUGUCUGUUUUUCUCAUCAGAGAUAAUAUUGUAGUUGAUAUUGUAUAUAUUCUUCACUUAAGUUGCUGAGAUGUUUAGUUCUACGUCGUAAUGGGAGUUACAGUGUGCUUUAUUAUGAUUUGCCCUUUCUUACAAUUCUUUCACAUUGAGUUUUAUCCCUGUGUGUUUCUCAUUUUGCUUAUUUUACUGUUUGGGUUUUUUAAGUUUAAAAAAAAAAAAAAAAAAAAAUUAUUUGCUCAACAAAUAUUUUUUAACUGACUCUGUAUAAUAUAUGUACCAACAUCUUCAUGCCUUCUACAUCUGUUUUUUUUAAUAUACACCUUUGCUUUUCAUUUGUUUCUUCUUUCUCCACCCUCAGAUGUUAUAUGGGUUAUUCUCAGCGUUGAAGCCGGGGGCCUCUUGGGUGUCACUCAACAGCUCUCAUCUUUCGAGACAGAGUUUAACACUCAACCUCAUCGCAAUCUGGGAGGAGACUACAAUCCAUUUGCUUCCCCUCAAAAGAGUCGAUCACCUGAUGGGGAGGACAUGGGGAGCUGGGGGCCUGAGACAGAGCCCUCUGAAAGCGAGCAGAAUGGACUAUCUCAGACCUCUGUAAAUAUAUGUUCAACAGAUCACCCGGCCAGCCGUUCUGUAGCUACAUAUAGAGAGGUGAGGGUGAGGGUGUUGGAGCGUUAUUAUUGCCUGGAAAACUGGACACAAUGUUAA